AUGCACCAUAAACUAUUUGUGUCUUUACUGGUAGCUGCCUGUAUGACUCUACUUUGGAGCACGUUACGACAUAGCAACAAAUCAAUGGUGAGAUCACAAAGAGCCAGAGGAAAUGUUGGUCUGGAGAUGGACUUCAAUCUCAGACAUAUCUAUAGCAAUGUACCUGCAGUGGCACAUGUACGAUUGGACAUUGAUGAUCCUCUGCACAGUGGCAUAUGCCUUGAAGAGGGGGUGGGGGAGUUUUCCGAGGUGUUGAACAGGUACGGCAUGGGUACCACAUUUACAAUCAAGAGCCAGCUUUCACAGAUCCAACGACUCAAAGACAGGUCUCCAGACAUGACGGAAUCUUUAGUAUUCCAUACUCUGUUGAACCCGCAAGUUGACACGCAUUCCUCCUUGGAGUGGGUGGUUGACGAUAUUCUUGUUCCGAAUAUCACUGACCCGGAGACGAUAUUGACGUUGGCCAAAUUGGCAUCAAAUGCAUAUGCAAGACUGCCAAUGGAUCCUUCUUGGAGGGACGUUGAGCAUCCGGACACUCAGUCUGGAAUUGGAUACAAUCUCAGCGAUAGUUUUGGAUGGGAGGAGAAAGGCGUCAGAGGCCAUGUGUUUGUAGAGAAUGUGGAAAGCGAUAAAAACAGGGCACCGUUGGUCCUCAUUGCCAUCAAGGGGACUUCGGCCGCAGUGAUUGGCGGUGGGAAUGGUGGUGAUGAUGGUGAAGGCGGGUCUACUGGUGAUGAUCAUAAAACAGUUGAAAUGGACAAAUUCAACGACAAUCUACUCUUCUCUUGCUGUUGUGCCAGAGUGUCAUCUCUAUGGUCAACGGUAUGUGAUUGUUAUGAGAAAACAUACACUUGCAACCAAAACUGUUUGGAAAACUCACUACGACAUCCAGAUAGAUACUACAAGGCGGCAUUGGAGAUAUACAGGAAUGUUGUGGAACUAUAUCCAGAGAGUGAAAUCUGGGUGACUGGACAUUCGUUAGGGGGUGUUUUGAGUUCUUUGCUGGGAAGGACUUAUGGACUCCCAGCUGUCACGUUCGAGGCACCCGGCGACAUGUUGGCUACUAAAAGGUUACAUUUACCUUCGCCUCCAGGCCUACCGUUUGAAAUGGAACAUAUUUGGCAUUUCGGAAACAACGCCGACCCCAUUUUUAUGGGUGUCUGCAAUGGAGCUUCCUCCAGUUGUGGAAUAGCCGGCUAUGCUAUGGAAUCGAGGUGUCACUCCGGUUUGAAGUGUACCUAUGAUACAGUCACUGAGAAGGGAUGGCAUGUGAACAUAUUAAACCAUAGGCUAGCUAAUGUGAUUGAUAAUCUCUUGUCAGUCACAAACACUACUGCUGAAUGUAUCAGACCUCCGCCUUGCAUCGACUGUUAUGAUUGGACCUUUGUGGAUCAUUCGGAAAAUAAAAGAAGGGUGCCCAAGAUUUCCACCUCUUCGUCUUCCAUACCUUCAUCUUCAUCUUCAGAAUCCUCCACUACCACUGCCACGAGAAAGAGAAAAUGCCUCAAAUACACCUGGUAUGGAUCUUGCUAUAAAUGGGAUGACGAAGAUGACGAUGAGCAACUGUUGAAGCAUUACCAUGACGUCCUGCACAUCGCAUCAACCACUUCAACUAUCAUUUGA